UGCUUGAUCUAGACACAACAUGUUGCUUUUUAGCAACCCAUGAGACGAUAUUCUUGCCUAAGAAUAAGCAGAACCCUAAGGUAGAUCACAUGUUAGAAGGGUCUGAGGCCCAAUCGAAAUCACAAAAACCUGUAAUAUCGAGAUAAGUUGACGGCUGAAAUAAAAUUCCAUGAUCAAUAGUUCCAUUUAGGUAUCUUAGUACCCUCUUUGUAGCUGUCCAAUGAGACUCAAGAGGAUGGCACAUGAAUUGACAUAGCUUGUUGAUAGCAAAUGCCACAUCUGGUCAAGUGAUGGUUGCAUAUUACAAUGCACCAACGAUGGACCUGUACAGUGAGGGAUUCGAGUAUUCAUUUGUCCCAUCAGCAACUAGUUUUGUCCCUGGUGCAAGAGGGGUCUUAAUGGCUUUAACAUUAUGCAUAUUUACCCUUGUUAAUGUCGGAUAUGUAUUUGGAGUCAGUCAACAAAAUGCUGCUAGUUGUUGUGUGUUUAGCCUCAAUUCCAAGAAAAUAAUGGAGAGGACCUAAAUCUUUUAGAGGAAACAAAGAGUUUAGCUUGGUGAUAAAAGUCUGAACAAGAGUGGGUGAGUUUCCUAUUAUAAGAAUAUCAUCAACAUAUAUUAAAACGUAAGUGAUAUAGGAUAAAUGAUGCUGAAUGAACAGAGAGCUAUAACAUUUUGCUAGAUGAAACCCAAAAGAUUUGAGAGUGGUCACCAAUUUUUCAAACCAAGCUCUAGGAGCUUGUUUGAGCCCAUAUAGAGCUCGACGCAAUCGGCAUACAAGAGUAGGAUCGCCAGACUGAAACGCUUCAGGUUGCCUCAUAUAAAUUUUCUCCUUUAAAAACCCAUUGAGGACGGCAUUGUUAAUCUCGAUUUGUCUUAUAUACCAAACUCGUGUGACUGUAAUGCUUAGGACAACUUGAACAGUGACUGGUUUUACUACUGGGCUGAAUGUUUCAGUCUAAUCUAAUUCUUCUUUUUGGUUAAAACUUUUGGUCAUAAGAUGAGCUUUAUGUUUGGCAACUGAACCAUCGAGAUUUCUCUUUAUGCGAAAUAUCCAUUUGCAUUCUAUGGCCUUUCUGUUAGGAGGUAGAGGCAUUAAUUCCAAGGUUUGAUUUUGUAUGAGAGCCAUGUGCUCGUCCUGCAUAGCGGAGUGCCAUUCCUUGGAUGAGAACACCUCCUGUAUUGAUCUCGGUUCUAUGUCAGCAAUGAGCACUUUAGGCUUAAAAAUUCCUGCCUUAGCUCUUGCUAGCAUUUGAUGAGUAUUGGUAGGCAAAAGGAAUUGUGAGAGUGGAGUAUCAAUAGGAAGGGGAGUGUUAGUGGCCAGAUUAGUGACAGUAGGCUCAAUUGUAGUUGGAGUGGAGGUUUCUAAAUGGUGAGGUGGAGAAGGAAUAGGUGGGUUGGAAUUGAAAGGUUCGGGAAUGAUUAUUGGAGUUGAUGGAGGAUGAGACAGAGGAAGAGUGAUGUUUGAAGGCAUAUUUGUGGUUGGAGGAGUUUGUUUGAAUGGGAAAGAUAGCUCAUCAAAUAACACAUGUCGAACAACAUACACUUUUCGCAAAGGAGAAAGAGAUUUAUAUCCCUUGUGAUUUGAACUAUAGCCAAGAAAUAUGCAAGGUUGGGAAUGAAACUCCAGCUUAUGCUUAUUGUAGGAUCAUAGAUAAGGAAAGCACCUACAGCCAAAAGGCUUGAACAACGUAUAAUCUGGAAUCUUUGAAAAUAGAACUUCAAAAGGAGAUUUCAAUUUUAGUGCUGAUGAAGGAAGCCAAAAUAGAACUUCAAAAGGAGAUUUCAAUUUUAGUACUGAUGAAGGAAGCUAAUUUAUCACGAAUGUAGCCGUUGAAAAAGCAUCAACCCAAAACUCAGAUGGGAGAGAUAAAGCAGCAAGUAAGGAUUGAUAACACUCUUGGCUUCAUCUUCUUUGGAGAGAUAUUUUUCUGGAAUCAUAUCAGCACCAAGGAUAUAUUGUACGGACGUGAGCCUCCAAAACUGGUACAAUGCAUUCCCGGGGAAAUGAGAGUGGAGUCAGCUCAGAGAGAGUUGAUUGAUCGUGAUGAAGCACUGAGACAGUUAAAAACACAUUUGCUAAGGGCUCAAGAUCGCAUGAAAACCCAGGCUGAUAAGCAUAGAAAGGAAAGAGCGUUUGAAGUUGGUGACAUGGUGUUUUUGAAACUCAAACAGCAUAGGCAGCAUUCUGUAAUGGCUAGGAUUAGUCCUAAACUCAGUGCUCGCUAUUAUGGGCCGUUUAAAAUCUUGGAAAAGAUUGGAGAAGUGGCCUAUAAGCUGCAGCUUCCUCCCACUUCAAGGAUCCAUCCUGUGUUUCAUGUGUCCUUGCUUAAGAAGGCAGUGGGAAAUUAUGAGGUAGAGGAAGAAUUACCUACUAGGCUGGAAGAUGAUAGAGGGUAAUUCAUAGAGCCUGAAGCUGUUUUAGCCUCUAGACACAUGCUCAAGCAUGGAGAGCGACUAAAGCAAUGGUUGAUUCAAUGGAAAGGGAAGCCCACUGAAGAUGCAACAUGGGAAGAUGAAAUUACAAUCCGCAGCCAAUUUCCUUCUCUAUGUCUUGAGGACAAGACAAAUGCUCAAGGAGGAGGUAUUGAUACAACCAUUGGAGGUGAAUCAAGUGAGCCUUUAGUGCAUGAAGGCAACCAUGGAAGAUGGGGUCGUGUUUACGUGAGGAAAAGGCAUUAGAGGAGUGAUUGGGUCAUGAUUGUUAGUUAAGGGGUAUUUUGGGGAUGUGGAGUGAGAUAUUUUUGUCUUUUUAUCUUUACGGUUAUUUAGUAUCCGAUUGGAGAGAGAAGGGGAUCAUUCUGGUUUUCAUAUCAUUUUGGUAGAGGAUACCUCUUUUGUGUGGUGACUCUAAGGAGCUUGGCUCUGGGCAGAUUGGGUACUCACUCCCAUCUGUUUUUUCUUGUUUUGGUUAUCUUUUCUCAAUUUAACCAAGGUUCCUUGUUU